UGUAUCAGUGUUCAAAUUUUUAAAGGCUAGAAACAAUCAAUCAAAAUAAUAAUGUCGCGUUUAAAUCCUGAUAAAUUUCGAUAUACUGAUUUUUUACCUGGAAUAUCAGCAAAAUUUACAAUCAAUACAUUAUCAGAGAUUUUGACAAAAGCAACAGAUCGCCCUGACAUUAAAUUAAAAGGAUGGCAAGUUGGUGGUGAAAAUAAGAAAGGUGAUUCAUAUCUAAGCACAUUGUUUAAAAUUAAUAUUGUUGGUGUCCUUCAAAAGGAUGAAGAAAAUAGGGAUAAAAAGGAAAAUGAAAUUGAAAUACACGUUCCAGUUUUAAUAAAAAGUUUACCAUCGAACAUUGGACGUAGAAAAACUUAUCGAUCCACAGAUUUUUUCCGAAAUGAAGUAGUUUUCUAUAAUCAAGUGUGGCCAACAUUACUAAAUUUUCAACUACAAAAAAAUGUUAAAGAUCCUUUUAUGGACAUCCCAUUAUGUUAUUCAGCUCUAGCUGAUGGUGAAAAUGAUUUUAUUGCCCUUGAAGAUCUAACACCUCAAGGAUAUGGUGCCGCAAAAAGACAAACUGGGCUUGAUUUCGAUCAUUGUUUAUUAAUUAUACGACUAUUGGCAAGAUUCCACUCCUUAUCAUUCGCAUAUAAAGAUCAACAUCCUGAAUUAUUUCAUGAGAUGGUUUCAAAUUUUGAAGAAACUUAUUUUCGUGAAGGAUUGCGUUCAUGGUAUGAAAAAUGUUUUAAUAUUUGUACGGGCGUAUGGUUGGAUGCCUUAGAAAAAGAAGUUCCUGGUUCAAUAUAUCAGCAAAAGUUUCAAGAAUUAGUUGAUAAUGAUUUUUUAGGGCAAUUAUUUAAUAUAGUCUCUAAGAAGAAUAGUAUAUCUUGCGUAUGCCAGGGUGAUGCUUGGGUUCCAAAUUUUUUAAUAAAAUACAAUAACGAAUCAUCAUUGCCAGAAAGUGUUAAAAUUAUUGAUUUUCAAAUAGCUCGGGUGAGUUCUCCAUCAUUGGAUUUAUCCAUUUUCUUUUAUGCCUGCACCAAACAAUCAGUACGCGAAAAUCAUUGGGAUGAUUUGAUUGAUGAAUAUCAUAAAGUUUUCACUGAAUCAUUAAUUGAAUUGGGAACCGAUCCAAAGUUAUUUCCUAAAGAUGCAUUAUUACAAGAUUUUAUUGAGAAUGCAAAAUUUGGUUUAGGAAUGGUAAUCGAAACAUUGCCGCUAUGUUUAACGGAAGAUAGUGAAACAGUAGAUUUGGAUGCAAUACAAGGUACAGAAGCAAUUGAUAUAUCAACAGUGUAUUGUGUGAAACCGAUUCAAAAACAAGAGAAUCGUAAGCGUUUGGUAAAUGUUGUUAAGCAUGUUGUAGACAAUAAUUUUAUAUAA